AUGGCCACAUCCCAUGCUUCCUCAACAAGCUCUGGCCAGCCCAAGAAGAUCCUCCGAGUAGGUAUAAUAGGUCUCGGCGAGAUCGCUCAAGUAAACCACAUAUCCCUCCUCAACAACCUCUCCUCCCAUUUCCUCACCACCUACCUCUGCGAUCCCUCGCCUCUCGCCCUCGCCCACUGCAGCAAAAAGGUCGCAGGCGGCGUCCCAAAAACGACUUCGAAUCCAGAAGAGCUCGUCGCCUCCCCCCUCGUCGACGUCAUCCUCCUCUGCAACGCGAACGCCUUCCACGCACCGCACUGCAUCCUCGCCCUCUCGCACAACAAAUCCGUGCUCUGCGAGAAACCGCUCGCGCUAAACUACCGAGAUAUUGAUGCUAUCAUCGCUGCAGAGGAGAAGUCUCAGGGAAGGGUGUUUGUGGGCUAUCAGAGAAGAUAUGCAGAGGCUUUCCUCGAUGCUGUGAAAGAGGUUGGGGGGAUGGAGAAGUUGCAGUAUGCGAGGGUUAGGGAUAUCAUUGGGCCGAAUCCUACUUUUGUUGCUCAGUCUGGGACAUUUCCGCGGAAGUUCACAGACUUCAAGAAAGAAGAUACAGAGGAGAUGAUUGCGAAGGACGAAGAAGCAAUGAAGUAUGCGCUGGAGCAUGAUUAUGGGGUAAAAGUUACGGCGGCGUCGAUGGAUAUGGCGAGACUACUUGCUAGUCUGGGCUCCCACGACCUCUCAGCAAUGCGCGAGCUCCUCGGCAUGCCCACCUCAGUGCUCGGCGCCUCUCUCCAACACAACUCCCCGAUUUGGAGCGUCUUAUUCCAAUACCCAUCCUUCCCCUGCACUUACGAAUCCGGUAUAAACAACGUGCCGAUAUUCGAUGCUCAUAUCGAAGUCUACUCGAAUGAGAAGAUUGUCCGCGUGGACUACGACACACCAUAUGUGAAAGGAUUACCGGUUACGAUGACAGUUAGAGAGAGGAUUGAUAAUGGAGAGAGGGAAGGAGAUGGGUACCAAGAGAGGACGAUUAGGAAAACGUAUGAGGACCCUUAUAUGCUUGAGUUUUUGGAGUUUUAUUGUGUUGUGGCGGAGGGGAAGGAGCCGAAGACGGGGGCCAGGGAUGCGAGGCAGGAAGUUGAUCUGUGGAAGAUGAUUUUGAGAGCUGGCUUUCCUGCUGCGUGA